AUAUUCCACCGGCGACGGUUACAAUUGGUCCCGAAUCGUGGCGUGAUGUCACCCUAAACACCAUAAGACUGUCCGACCGGUUAGUGAAGACUUUAGCCCCGUGUAGGUCCCGGUCCAGGAAUGGCAGCUCUAGCAGCAGCCCGGUCAUUCAACUCGGAGAAGAACCACGAAACAUCGAGGCUCGGAAUCAGCAACUCGGACCUCGAAAUAGCGAUCUCAGUCAACCCCAUGGAAAGUGGACCAACAGAUCUGAAGCUGAAAGCGGGGUGGAAAAAGCAGGAGCUUGCAAAUACAGGUCUGCAUCUGCACCGCAGCAUAAUUUACAUGUGAAAGCAGGAGACACCCCCCCUUCGUUCCUGCGGGUUCACCUAGCAGAACGCAGCUCCCACCUCGCCCGAUCUUACACGAGGGCCAUCCGCGCGCUGGUCACUGAGCUGAGGCUGCAGGCUGUCCACACCAACGACGAAGCCAAGAGGCUGCUGCGCGGUCGAGAGGCCCUGGAGAAGAGCCUGGCGGGCCUGCGCAAAGACCUGAUGCUCAACAAGAGCAGUGUGGACACCAGGAGGCUCAGACCGGCGCCCAGGGAGAGGGUGCGCGAUGGUGCCGACUGUCUUCUGGAAGCAGAGAGAAAGCUGUUGAUUGAUCUGAAAUCAGAACUGGAAAUACGACUCAAAAUGACAAGACACCAGCUUGAGGUGCUGUGCUCCUGUCGGAAGGUUCUGCUGGAGUGUGCUGCAGAGAGGUCCAGGGUUCUUGACCUGUUCCCCAAUUCUUUUGCGGACUGGACUCGGAGCCACAGCUGCAGCCCUACCUCUCCAACCCCCUCCCCUUCCCCUUCACCUUCUCAGAGGAGAGAGCUCCCGAGGGCCAGCCCUGUAACACCCUGCACUCCAGAAUGCCAGGAGGCGCUGCAGGCCGCUCGGAUAGCUUGCCUCCAGUCUAGAGCUCUGUGCCGAGAGGUGAAGGAAGCGGUUGAUCAGGCCGUGUCUCUUGGAUUCACCGCACACAAAGCCACCAACGACGGCCUCACACAGAAGAUAGCUGAGACUGUUAACCUCACACAACACCUACAGGUGAGUUCAGGGGAGGCCCGGGUUGCGAUCCAGAGAGCCCAGCGCUGGUACGAUGAGAACAAGCACUCGGAGGGGCGGGUCCUGGGUCCGGUCUCCAGCGCUGACUUGCUGACUAGAGAGCGCCUUGACCGGCCGCAGGUCCAGGUCUAUCAGAGACACCCCGGGACUCAGCUGCCUGAGGCCACUGUCAUCGUACAG